UUUCUGGCGGUGCUGCUGGCGGCGGGCAUGCUGGCUUUCCUGGGGGCCAUCAUCUGCAUCAUCGCCAGCGUCCACCCGGCGGGCACCGCCGCCCCCGCUGCCGCCUCCGCCGCCGACAAUGACUCCGCCGCCACCGCCGCCCUGCUGCCGGCCGCCGACAAGGGGCUGGGGGCGCUGCACGGCCCCGCCGAGGCGCUGGCCAGCGCCGGGCCGCGGGUGCCGGGGCCGCCGCCGCUCUUCAGCCGCUUCGUGUGCACGCCGCUGAGCGCCGAGUGCCCCCCCGCCGCCGCCGCCCCCGCCGCCGGCGGCCCCGAGGAGCUGCUGGCGCUGCGCAGCGCCGCGGCGCAGCUCCGCCGCACGGCGCUGGAGCAGAAGGAGCAGAUCCGCAUGGACCAGGAGACCAUCCGGGAGCUCACGGGCAAGCUGAGCCGCUGCGAGGGCGGCCUCCAGCCCGCCGCCGCCGCUGCCGCCGGCCUCCGCGCCGCCCCGCGGCCCGGCACCAUGGGGCACCCCCCGGACGAGCCGCCCGCCGUGCGGGAGCUGGAGGAGGCCGUCCGCGCCCUCCAGGACCGCAUCGACCGGAUCGAGCAAGAGCUGCCAGCCCGAACGAAUGCUACGGCACCCACCUCCCCGGCGCUGACCCGAGACGCACUCCACACCAAGAUGGAGCAGCUGGAGGAGCAGCUCCUCUCCAAGAUCCUGACACUGCAGAAGGAGCGCCAGGCGGCCAACAGCGACCGCAGCCAGCAGCAGCAUGACAUCGAGAAGGAGCUGAACUCCCUCCAGAACCGGGUCGCUGAGCUGGAGCAUGGGCCACCAAGCUACAGCCCUCCCGAUGCCUUCAAGGUGACCAUACCCGUGCAGAACAACUACAUGUAUGCCCGCAUGAAGAAGACUCUGCCAGAGCUCUAUGCCUUCACCAUCUGCAUGUGGCUGAAGUCCAAGGCCUCGGGUGGGCUCGGCACCCCCUUCUCCUACUCCGUCCCAGGGCAGGCCAACGAGAUUGUGCUGCUGGAGUGGGGCACCAACCCCCUGGAGCUGCUCAUCAACGACAAGGUUGCCCAGCUGCCACUGAGACUGAAGGACAAGGCCUGGCACCACAUCUGCGUGGCGUGGACCACCCGGGAUGGCAAGUGGGCAGCCUACCAGGACGGCGAGCAGCGGGGCGCUGGCGAGAACCUGGCCUCCUGGCAUGCCAUCAAGCCCCAGGGGGUGAUAAUCCUUGGCCAGGAGCAGGACACGCUGGGCGGCCGGUUUGAUGCCACACAGGCCUUUGUGGGGGAGAUCGCGCAGUUCGGUGUCUGGGACCACAUGCUGGCGCCAGCGGAGAUCCUGGCCAUGGCCAACUGCACCUCCCACCUGCAAGGCAACGUGAUCCAGUGGGAUGACCAGGCGGUGGAGGUCUUCGGGGGCGCCGGCAAGGCGAGCUUCACGGUGUGCGAGGAGAGGAGGAAGGCGUGA